GGAAAUGUGCGUUAUGAAAGCUGAGCUCAAAUUAACCGUUAGGGAAGGUGUAAACAGUAAAGGCAUCUCAGGUAGCGGGUGGCUGCUGGGAUGAUGAUUGAUUUCAUGAUUGGACGCAUGGAACGAUGUAUUUUGUCUUUUGGGCUAGGCCGAAAGUGCGGCCCAAUCAAUUCAUUUUACUUUCUAGCCCAUUACGAGAAAGCUAUGAGGCCCAAGUCGAAGCCCAUUAGAUGCUUUUUACCCUCCAAAACAGUCAACGGCUGAGUUCAUAUGUUCGUCCCUCCUUAACGCUCGCCCAAUUCAACUGGUCUCCGUUUCUGCAGGGCUUCGUCGAUCGUCGGCUCGUCGGAGAAGGUCUGCGUUCUCUGAACCGAUCGGAAUUUCUCCGAUCAGAUAGACAUAUAGAGGGAGAGGGAGAGAGAGAGAGAGAAAGUGAGAGAGCGCUAGAGAGAGAGUGAUUUUUUUCUGCCUAUACAUUGGAGGAGGGAAAAGGAGGGGGAGGAGGAGGAUGCAUUCGUUCGGGUACCGGUUGAACGUCCUGUUGACUCAGGCGGUUACUCUUCUCGCGCUGAUGUGCGUCAUUGCUUCUCUCUCCGAUACGCUGAACGUCCCGUCCCCUUCCGCCGAUGUCCGGGUGCUCCACAUCAAUUGGCUCCAUAAGCAGCGUAAUGGAAACGAUGAAGUCAGCUUGACAAUGAAUAUCUCGGCAGACUUGCGGUCAACAUUCACAUGGAACACAAAGCAGGUGUUUGUCUUCCUAGCUGCUGAGUAUGAAACAGAAAAAAACCAUUUGAAUCAGAUUUCGCUGUGGGAUGCAAUCAUACCUUCAAAAGAACAGGCUAAAUUCUCAUACCACACCAUUAACAAGUAUCGUUUUACAGAUCAGGGAAAUAAUCUAAGGGGCCAAGAGUACAACUUGACAUUACAUUGGCAUGUAAUGCCUAAGACUGGAAAGAUGUUUUCAGACAAGGUAAUAACAACAGGAUACCGCCUGCCUGAGACAUACGUAUAACACAAUCAUUCCUUAGGCAGAGAGGUAUGAAUUCGUAUCAGGGUACUCGAGAUACAAAGGGAAUUAUUUUAAUCGAAUUUAGAGAUCAAGAACAUGGAAUUAACGGGACGAUUCUACAUAUUUGGCAUGUGAAUCAAGUAGGUAUUAAGGGCAGAAACAUCGCGCGAAUUUGUACAAUUUACUCUGAAGAGAUAAAUUACAGGCGAUAGGAUCUCUCUACUUUGGUACAUCUAGCUUGGUCUAUUACUUGAGCUGCUCCCUCACAUGCACGUCUAAUGAAUAACCUUCAUAAAGUUAAAUGCUCUUUUUCGUCGAAA